CGCAUAACGUACGUAUGUAUUAACCUUUAUCAAUUACAGCUUAGAGCCUUCGCCUGCGCAAGCGCAUCCAGCCCUCGCGGCGCAGCCUGCGAUAUUUCUCAAUACCCGCUCAGUUGACGCACACACCGCGAGAGAGACGCACGUCUGUCGCGCUCCGAACUAAUUAGACCGCGAGUGUUUUGAUACUUAAUUACACAUUUAUUUAUUUCGCAAUUAAAAACAGUGCUGUUUUGUGAAGUGAUAAAAAGAAGGUUUCUUACAAGGAGGAUUGUGUGUGAAUGUCGCGUGGUACUAGAUCCAGUUCAUCAUGGCGGGUGGGCAGCAACUUCGCUUGCUGCUCUGGAAGGACUAUCUCAUACGAAAGAGGAAACUGAUAACAUUAGUGGGAGUUCUAUGGGCGACAGCAAUAAUGUUAAGCUUAUACAUAGUUAGGGUUAAUAUAAACAACGAGGACUAUCCCACAUGUGGAUUCCCGGCCAGGGCUCUACCUAGUGCAGGCAUGUUACCGUUCCUGCAAUCUUUUAUGUGCACUGUCAACAACGAAUGCUCACCUCUUGACAAAUAUGAUGAACUACCCACCUAUGAAAAUUCCAAAUUAACACAUUUACAACGACAACUAUCACCUAUUUUUAAUGAAACAGUACUAGAUGUGGCUUCUUCGAUGCCAGAUGCAAUCAAACUUCUGGCCACACUAGCAGAUGUGGUAGAUGAACCUGCAUUCAUAGAUAUAAGUAAAAACGGUCUAAAAGUAAAAGAUCUGUUUAUAAAGCCUGCGAGAGUAAAACGAUAUAUAUCAGAUAAGCUGGAGCUAAAUGAUGAUGUUGCACAGAGCGUGAUGGAUGCUGAACUCAGUUUCCAAGGUAUAAUGAAAGGCAAUAUGAACAGAUGCAGCAUCAAAUCACUAAAUGAAACUAUAAUAAUGGAAGACGAGGAAAACCUGAAAAUUUUGAUGGAAAAACUGUGUUCGAAGUCAAUGGAGGAACUACAAAAAAUACUAAUAGAUGUGUUAUUCCAAGUAAAUUACAGUAAAUACUUAACAAUGUUAGGCGAUAUGUACUUCAAGAUGUCGGGUGACAAUAGGUUAAACACUUUAGGUAAUAUGUUGACGGCUGUGCUAAGAAUGAUGAAACUGCAAAACUUCUUGCCACCGGAGCUGGUCUCCAUAUUCCAAGGUCAAGAGGCGGACUUCAGUUACAUACAUUUAAGUUUAAUACCAAAACUUGUGGAUCUAUUCAAACCAACAUUUGGAGAUACCCAGUCUUAUGGAAUUAUUAAAGACAUAACCGAUGCCAUUGUAGUGGGGCUCCAAUAUAUGAACAAAGUAUUUGCUAGACAACGCCAACUAACCACAAUGAAUAACCAAAUAGCACCAUCAGAUAACAAGGAAGGUGGUUUGCAAGCUGUCUCUAAUCUAUUCCAUAAUGCUGCGGGAGUUUUUGAAGAAGCAAUGCAGAAAGAUCCAACAAUUGAUGCAUUCAGCAUAAUGUCCCAAAUAAUGAAUUUCAUAAAUAAGUUCCUACCAGCUAAAACAAAACACGACGUAGUAUUUUACUCCACGCUGCUUUCCAAAUUGAUGGAGAGCGCUCAGAAAGUCAUCGACAUAAACAUGCAUAUUGAGCAGUUGACCUACAAUGUUACCCUGAGGAACCCCGGGGCUAUUGAAGUACUGAAAGGAUUACCACCUAAGAUGGUUGGUAAGGCGUUUGAAGCUUUGGCUGAUGCUGAAAGAACGCAGAUAUUGACGUCUAAGAUCAACUUUCCUGGUCAAAUGUUCUGUGAUGUCUACAAACUGCAAACGUUCUUCGUGAUAUCGAAACCUGAAGCCGAAUCUCUGAAGAAACAAAUGUGCAACGAUGCGUGGAAAAACUACGUCUCCGAUAUGAUAAGAUCCUUUGGAGUUUUUGAUGUUAAGAAUAACAUCAACAAUAUGGCAUCCCUUCUGAUCCAAGAAACCUUCGGCAAAGACACGAGUGACCAGCUAUACAGCAUAGAACAAAACUUCAAAGUUCUGAAGAAUUUCACUCAGGCCCUCGUGAAGAUAAAUACUGAGGACCGUCCAGAAGUUGACUGGAACAGCCUGUUCCACCUUCCUGAGGAUUCGGAACUUAUGAAGGUGGCACGAGAGAAGGGACAUUUGGGUAAACAGAUGCUAAUAGUGAUCCACGGUGCCAUAGCAAAGGAAAUAGUCCAACAGAAUUCGAUCCUCGACUUCAAGAUCUCCCCGUACUUAAAUGACGUCAUAAUCUUAGUGUCAGCGAUAAACAAACAGUUAGAACAAACUCCUGAAAGUGAAGCGAAGGCUUUCAAAGAUGUAUAUGUUGAUGUUGUUGAGACCAUGUUGAUGACUGCACUUAAUGAAAAGAAGACAUAUAAAGCUCUUUCGACUACUGGGCAAGAAAUCCUGUGCAGUGGUGUAGAAGCAGCGAGUGAAUUCUUGGAAUUGUCACCGGAUGAAAACACACGGAUGAAAGUGGUGGAAUCUCUGUGUAAUGCCACUAUUGCCAUUGAGAAGGGACUGGAAGCUGAUUCUGUCGUUUCUAAAGCUAUAGCCACAAUCAAGAACUCCACCCACCCACUCAUAACUCUAAACUGGAACAAACUUAUCAACAAUUUGAAGAACUUGUACGUGAAGUUGGACAGAGACUACACGUACCUCUUCCAGUUCUCCAGCUAUAACAUGGAUGACUCCACCAAGAAGAGGAUCGACUCGUUGCUGGGAGAAGCCAAGGAGUACUGGUUCGGAGUACGGAAUAUGGAAAGAAGUCUACGGUUGAGUGUAAAACUUGCGUUCCGCUUCCUGGACAUGUUGGACUAUGGUCUGUUUGAUGUGAACGGUGAAUACUGGCAGAAGAUAAAGUACGCGAUUACCACCACCGCGGGACCGUUCAGUGUUUUUGAUGAAACUGUGAAAUCAGUUGCAGCUUUAUUGACAAACAGUACGUACACUAGUGAACUACCUCCGACCACGGUGGCAGCCCUCGGUAACAUCAUCCCGAACAUUCCACAGCUCAUUGUCGAUGCUGUUGAUAUUAUCGUGCGUGAUGAUACUGAUGUGCAGCCAAUAAUAUCGUUGCUGAACUCGGACCCGCCAUGGCCUUGUUCCACCACGAGCUUGUCACAACUGCUGCAGCUGAGCGAAUCCUCGAUCGAAGCCGUGAGAGGCAUGGAAGUCAUACUGUGUAUGAACAAGGACUUCCAGAAUGAAUGGGACGAAUAUCUUGCAGUUAAAAACGUCAAAUUAAAUAGUACCUCCACCUGGAACACCACAGACUACGAGCCUCACCAGUUCCUCAAGUUGUCAUCCAUCUUCGACUCCUUAGUAGAUGAUAUCCUGUUGACCAAAGACUCUCUGGAGUUCGCGUUCAAUGAUACUGCUGAUGGAAGACUGGGGAUGAAGGAGGCGUGGAACUAUGCUGUGAAGACUCUUAAUACUACAGACAGAGACGUUGUGUUAAGGAAACUCUUCACCAAGGUAGACACAGUCCUAAACGCAGUGAACACCUCUUCGAUACCCAGCGACGUGCCCGUCAGCAGUCUCUGGGAGAAGUACUCCAAAUGUAGCUCGACCAUGGACGAUGAGUGCAGGCUUGUUGGCAGAAAGGCUUGGCAGAACCUGUUCGGGUCUCUUACCAUAACCCUGGAAAAUAUUGCAUCAGAUCUGCUGACUUACUUCCAAGAAGCUAAUGAACCUAACUCGAACUUGCUCCAACUGCUUGGAUUUACUCGAAGUACGGGACUGUACAUGCUCUACGAUAAGAUGCCUGAGUUCAUGGGAGUGCUCCUCAAUUCUUAUUGGGACUAUGGGUUCAUGAGCCAGGUCCGUCGAGCAUCAUUAUCACAGUUUUGGGACUGUCAAGCCUUGCUCACAGCUAUGGUUCCUCCACCAGGCAGUAUUAUAGACUCUGUCUUUAUCAAGAAAAUUCAACCUUUCGUCUGUCCAUCAUUGCUUCACUGGCUGUCUUUGCCAAGGGGAGAAAAUACUCUACUUGAUGUGUUUUCGAAGCCUCAAUACUUCUUUUUCACACUACCAGUGAGUAAUCUGACGAGCAGAUUUGAAAACGCGUAUACCAAAGCUGUAGAAUUAACUGACUAUUUAACUGAAUUAUCAAAAAAGAACCAAACUAUGCUAACUGAAGAUGACAUCAAAAUGAAUACUAUUGAAGGGAAAUUGCAGAAAGUCGUGGACGCAGUAUUGUCUUAUAAACUAGAUGAAAGUAAUCCAACGUACAGGUCAUUCAAUGAAAUUAAUAUGAAACAGUUUGCAGCUCAUAUUUAUUUGACUAGGGUAGUUAGUAUUAUAAACAAAUUGUCUGAAGAUAUUAACUCAAUAGACGCUGACAAAGUAUACGAUGUACCAAUUGAGGAUACAACAACAGUUGCAGCUGAUUUAGAAGUGAUCAAAUAUCUAUUUAAAAGAAAACCGUCAGAUGCAAUUAACAUUCAUUUUGACAUAUUUACUGAUGUUAUAUGGACUAACGCUGACGACUAUACUUUAGUUGAUGGUUUCCACAAAAUGUGCAACAAUUUAAAAGCAAAUACCAGCAAAACAAUACUGGUGACUGAUGAAAAAGCAAGAAGUCAGUUGUGUGCUAAGAAUUACGGAAUUAUUUAUGGUGCUGUACAUAAUGUUGGAUUUGAUGACUAUGAAAUUGCAAGGAAAAGUCUGAUGAAUCUUGUUGAUAUCUUGAAAUCUGAUGGUGAAGAUGUGACAGAUAUAUUUGAAUUCCUAAGUAAAAGGCACCAAUUGUUAUCAGUCCUAAGAACUUCAACCCAGCAUGCAUAUGACCUGAGCAUCCCUAUCUACUUGAAGUACUUGCAAUACAACAUGCAGAGCUACGACAUCAUCCUGAGCUUCCUGGCUGGCGAGGACUGGUGGAAACUCCUCAGGGAACAGUACAACGGACCCUACGCUUCUAAGUUCUUGGGUUAUCUGGAAAACAGCUUUGAUAUUGCUGAAGAUCUGCUCAGCAAUUUCGAUCAGAUACAUGUAGUCCGUCUUCUCCAUGACAUCGACGUGAACCAAACGGAAUCGUUCUGUCAGCCGAACAUCACGCUGUCAGACUACCUCCCCGACCGCACCGGCAUGUGGUCUGACAUGAAGCGUCAGAUCUGCGAUGGUGAUAACACUGAGCUGUUUAAAGAACUGCCUCCAUUGCUGUUUGCUUCUCAGGGAUACGAAAACUCCUUAAAACUAUCAAGAGAUGUCGACUACGCAGCAGUCAAUGAGGACAUAAACAAGAUAGAGUCGCGGCUGCACCUCAUUAAGGAAGGUCCGAAAUCACCACUAAACCCUUCGUGGGUGACAGACGAGAAGGUCCAACAUUUGAGGAUGGUAGCACUGCAGUUGCUGUCAAAGGAGACGCUAGCGAAGAUCUCGUUUGCCGUGCUCAGCAAUGGGGUGGAUGCUGGCACUCUUUUCUUAAAUAGCAGCCAGUGCACCGUAUGCUCUCAGUUCACGACGUGGUUCAAGCAGCUGAACCUGCAGCUCUUCAAAAAGCAGGAGUAUGACAGCUUGCUGUGCCAUCUACAUACCCUCAGCCUGGAUGAUGUAUACCACGCGCUUAAGAAUGAUUUCCAUUGGGAUAUGGCUAUCAAAGAGCUAAUAUCAACCCGCAACUACACGAAGUAUGAGAUGAACAAAUCGAUCAACGAGUUCCUAGGACAAGUGAAGGCACACCUAUUGGAUGACAUGAAUGCCAAGAGCACCAAACUGACAGAGUGCCUCGCCAGCAAUGUCUCGAGAAAUGAGUUUGGAAAUGCUACACUAUUCGCGGCAGUGCUAGCUCACACAACGAAACUGAUAAGAGCAGAGUUACCUCACAUCCAUGAAGUAGAAGGAGUGAAGGAUUUACAAUACCUCAAAGAGUUAUCAACAGAAGUAGCUCAUAAACUGGAUGUGGUGAAACCCUUGAAAGACUACCUGGUGGAGAAGAAUGACUUGCAUGGGGAACUGAUGAAGAUUGUAGACGAUAAUGAACUGGUUACUGAUAUUGAGAAUGCACAAGUUAAUUUAAGAAAGGUCCGCAGUAUCGCCGAGCCUGCCCAAAACAUCAUAGUUGCCAACAUUGACUGGUCCGUCAUUUGCAAUCAAUACAACUGCAGCGACGUCACUAACACAAUCUUCAAAAACUUGAACAACACUAGUAUUAAUAAAGCUCUCCCAAAAUACCAACAAGAAGAGUUCUGGCGGUUCACCUUCAUGUCUUCAAUCAUCCACCACAUUGGGAACUUCAUGUCCCACGGUGCUCGACUUCUGGGGCUGGCCAGUAAGGUAGACGUUACUGGCUUGACCAAGGGACAGUUAGAACCGAUGCUAGAUGCUCUCCUGCUCAUCAUCAGCGAAGAUGCUAUGGAUAAUGUUAUGUAUAGUCUGCAGGGUAUCGUGGAUGAACUCCAUCCACUGCUGGAAGGUCUUCCACUAGAGGUGGAUCUGGAAGCACUGUCUUCUGGUUUGGCAGUCGUAAGGCAGCUCAAGAACUACCUGCUAGAAACAGUCGACCUUAAAGUGGAAGUAUCGAAACUAUUCCCUGAUGCUGAGGACAUCGAGUUGGGUUUGAGUGCUCUUGGAAUCAACAACACCAACUUCUGGUCUAUCGCAGCACCAAGGAUACACGCUGGACACUUGCAAUUGAAACCACUGUUAUCCUCAAAGCCAGACGACAGUCACAUCGGUAGAUACGUGUGCCAGAUAGACUGGAUGUCCAAAGUCCUGGUGCCUUCGAACCUCGACGUGGUGACGGCAGACGAUGUGUUCGGAGCAGUCACUGAGCAGUUUUGUGGCUUACCUGAUGAUAUUGCGAAACAAGUGCUGCCUGUGCUUAUUAGGAAUUUCAACUUCAGUUUAAUUCUUGAUAAGGUAGCAAGUACCCUCCUCACGAAACUAUACUCCGCCUCAAACCUGACUGAAGAGGAAGGGUCCACAGUGCUCUCCAAGUAUUCAGAAAUGGCUGCCCUGCUGCCGAUGCUGCAGCAGAACAUGGGAGAAGUGGGAGAGACCCUCGCCAACGAGACGCUGUUCCAGAGCUUGAAGGACUUCAGCUCUGUUGGGAAUCUGCUCUCGUCUCCGGAAUUCUUAUCGAGCGCCGGUAACAUGCUGUGCGGCAAACCGUUUGAGAUGAACACGAACCGGUUCUACAAGUCCAUCGCGGCCACCCAGGACUUCUCCACACAACCUGACCAGGCACAACUUGAUGUACUGCCCACUGACUUCUGCCGUUCCCUAUACACGGACAUCAUCAACGUGGAAGGCGGUAAAAUCGUGUGGAGCUUCGUGAAGCCGCUCAUCAUGGGCAAGAUCCUCUACACUCCGCCCACCCCCGCCGUCACCAGGAUUAUACAGAAGGCAAACUCAACAUUUUCGACAAUGAUAAAGCUGACCCGUCUAGUCCAGUCGUUCUCCUCCUCAUUUCCAGCAGUAGGCAAGCUAUCCUCUCACCGGGACGGCAUAGCUGUCCUGAGGAGGCUGGUGACCGCCCCCCAGUUCAGCAGCCUCAGGAAGAUGUUGAUCCAAGGAGAUGAUGUGGCCAUGCCUGACGUUGAUGUCGAUGGACUUUUUGAUCAGUUCGGGGACUUGGACAGCAUAGGUAGCUUGCUGUCCAAGGCAGCUCAGCUCCUGCAAUGCAUCAACCUGGACCGGUUCCAGCCGUCUCCCAGCGAAGAUCACCUGUCCCACGAAGCGGCACAGCUCAGCAUCGUCAACGAAUUUUCCGCCGGUGUGGUAUUCCUGAACAGUGACAAACUGGAUAACUCGCUGACAAACGUGGAGUAUAAGAUCAGAAUGGAUAUCGACAACGCACCUACUACCACCAGGCUUAAAGACUACCUAUGGAUCCCAGGUCCCGAGUCCAACUUCAUAGAACACAUGCGCUACUUCCGAGGGUUCGUGCAGAUCCAGGACAUCGUGGACAAGGCCAUCAUCCGCCUCUCGCACAACUCCUCAAGGAGGGAGAGGAGAGAGACUCAGCAGGAGAUUGACUGGGCUGUGUAUACGCAGCAGACUCCGUACCCUUGUUAUAGGAGGGAUUACUUCCAGACAUCUCUAUACGAGUCACAGUCGCUGAUCGUGGCGUUCUUCUUCUCCCUACUGUUCACCGUAGCCUCUGCCGUGAGGUUCAUUGUGUCUGACAAGGAGUCCGGGAAUACCAUGCUUAUGUCAGUGAUGGGCGUGGAUCUCCGCUGGCACACUCUGUCCUGGUUCCUCUCCUCCUGCCUGGAGAUGACGCUGACCUGCCUCUGCAUCACGCUGGUGCUGUACCUGGGACAUAUACUGCCGAACACAGAUCCUAGUCUCGUGUUUGUUCUGCUGUUCAUAUUUGGAUUGGCAGUGCUGAGUUUCUGCUACAUGCUAUCCAAGCUGUUCUCGUCAGCGAGCGUGGCGGCGGUGUGCGCUGCCAUGCUGUACCUCGUGAGCUUCAUGCCCUUCAUCAUCAUACUGUCGCUGGAGGCAGUUCUCUACAGCUCGCUCAAGACUAUUGUUUGCCUCUCAAUGUCAUCAUCCCUCUGCUACGCAUUCCUCUACAUCACGCGGUUCGAGGCGCACGGCUCCGGCGCUGGCUGGCCACAGCUGUGGGCGGCGCCGGCUGAUAGUGAUGACAUGAGCAUCGGCCUGGCUGCACUCAUGAUAAUCGUUGAUGCCGCUAUCUAUCUGGCUAUUGGGUGGACUAUUGAUCGGUAUUUUGGUAUAAAAACAAUAAAGAGCAACAUAACGUACUGCUCUACCACCGACGAGAAGGCAGGAGUCAGCAUCGUGAACAUCAGCAAGGUAUACGGCCCCCGCUCACGGCGCCCUAAGCUGGCGCUCGACAACGUCUCCAUAGAACUGCAGAAGGGACAGAUUACAACGCUGUUGGGACAUAACGGUGCUGGGAAGACUACGCUCAUUAAGAUCCUGACGGGCAUGCUGCGGCCGACGUCGGGGCACGUGUCGGUGCGGGCGGCGCGCGCGCGGCUGGGCGUGUGUCCGCAGCGCGACGUGCUGCUGCCGGCGCUGAGCGCGCGCGAGCACGUGCAGCUGUACGCGCGCCUCAACACGCGCCUCCAGCCGCACCAGGUGCCGCAUGAGGUGGACAGAAUGCUGGAAGUGCUAUCCCUGGGCCCAGUGAGCUCGGAGCCAGUGUCGCGACUAUCAGGCGGCACUCGGCGCCGCCUGUGCGUGGCGCUGGCCUUCAUCGGGCAGCCCAACCUCGUGUUCCUCGACGAGCCCACGGCUGGAGUCGAUCCUGCUGCUAGGAGGGACAUCUGGUCAAUGAUAGUGAAGCUGAAAGAAGACCGCACCAUCCUGAUGACCACGCACCAUCUCGACGAGGCAGAACUGCUCAGUGACCAGAUCGUCAUCAUGCAUAAGGGCCAAGUUCACACGACAGGAUCUCCGAUAGAAAUCAAACGCACUCUUGGCAACGGAUACAAAUUGACCGUGGUCUACCCGGACCGAGCCCCGGACCACGACGAGACCUGGGAGGAGACCAGUCAGGAAGAGAAGACCAAGCAGCUUCUGACCGUGGUUCGAGACGUCGUGAAGAAUGCUAAUGUUAUUGAUGUCAAUGGUUUAGAAGUUGAGAUUGGGCUGCCUUUCUUUGAUGUCAAUGGGAUUAAUAAUAAUUUCCUCCAAGUGUGCACGGUGCUGGAGGCAGCACAGACGGCGCUGGGCUUCAAGUCCUACAGCAUGGACUGCAGCAGCCUGGAGCAGGUGUUCUUCAACAUCUGCCAGCAAGCCGACGCGCCCAUCAACGGCAUCGAGUAUUUAACGGAAGGCACUCCAUCCAAGAGUGCGUCGAGCUCCAGCAUCAGAACAGACCGCGCGUCGCAGGAGCUGGUUCCUCUAGAAGGCCCCCUCAAGGGCUCCGCCUGGCAGCAGUUCCUGGCGCUCAUGCAUGCACGAUUCCUACAUCACAUUAGGAACAGAUGGCUCCUGUUCAUCCUGGUGGUGUUACCGUCACUGUUCGUCAUAGUGGCCAUGGGGUUCUCCAUGCUGCGCCCGCCGGCCGAUGACGAGAUCGCGCUCAAACUUGAUGACCACUUGUACCAGGGAUCCACUGAGUUUAUAGUGCCACAACCCUCGAUAUAUUCAGAAGAAACGAACCCAUCAUUUGCGGAACACGUGCUUAACUAUCUGAUGGUGGACAAACAAACUAAGACCUGGACUUCUGAGGACUCUCCUCACUGCGAGUGUGGAGUGGUGAAGCAGCAGUGUGAGGUCACAGCCAACAUGACGCGUCUGCCCGACGUGAUGGUGCUGCCAGACGCGAACACCCUCAACCACUGGCUCGUCGAUACACAGGAGAUUUAUAUUGAAAAGAGAUACGGCGGCUACUCAGCGUCCCUCAAGAACAACCUCACCAACCUCAUAGCCUGGUACAACAACAAGGGUCACCACGCCAUGCCAGCUUACGUGAACGCUAUCAACACCGCCAUCUUGAAGACCGUGACCAGAUCUCCUGGCGCCAACAUUACCACUUACACUCAUCCGCUUAAGAUUUCUAAAGAGCAAAUUAGUAAGGCUACUGUCUACCAGCACAUAGCAGACGCAGGUAUCUCAGGGCUGGUACUCCUCGCCUUCUGCCUGAUACCGGCCGGAGCUGGCGUGUAUGUGGUGGGAGCGCGAAGGUCACAGGAGAAGCGUCUGCAACUCCUGAGUGGAGUCACGCCGCUGCUGUACUGGACCACGGCGCUGGCUUGGGAUAUGCUGGUGAUGGUAAUAAACAUGGGCGUGACGGCAGCAGUGAUGUCAGCGUUCGGCUUCCCCGUGUUCGUGGCGAGGAACAACCUGCCUGCCAUCUGUCUGCUCUUUGUGCUUUAUGGGUACGCGUGCCUAAACUUCAUCUACGUGCUGGAGAAGUUGUUCUCUGAGGCGAGCAUCGCCAACAUGGUGCUGUUCUGCGGCAACGCCUUCCUCGGCCUCUCCUUCAUCACCAUACUGCUCAUCUUCGACAUCGUCUCCGAGUCUGAGACGACAGACCACGUGCGCUACGUGCUACACAAGAUCUUCCUGCUGGCGCCGCAGUUCGCGCUCGGAGACGGACUGCUCGAGAUCGCCAAGAACACCAUACAGGCACAGGUGUUGAGUCGUUUCGGCAUGGACACGUACAGGGACCCACUGGGCAGCAGCCUGGUGCUGUACCACUACAUCUACCUGGUGGUGGUGGGGACCAUACUGCUGCUGCUCAACCUGGCUAUUGAGUAUAGCUGCUUCGAUACGAUCAUGGCCAGACUUCGUCCGGAGCACAUACCAUCUAGUUCAUCAGAGUUAGAGGCACAUGAAGUGAACGCGGAGCGUGCGCGCGUGCGCUCCGCGCGGACACACGCACGUGCUCCGCCGCUGCGGCUCAACACUAUCGGGAAUAUUAAUAGGGGCUUCAUCCACACAGAAGGCAAGAAGAACUCGAUGCAGCGCAUCGUGUCGCCGUGCAGUGAUGCGGCUCAGUGCGAGGACUUGGGCAAGCUGUACCGCGCGCUCGCAGGACCGAGGCUUGCCGUGGCUAACCUCACGUUGGGCAUACCUCCUGGACAGUGCACAGCCCUACUCGGCCAGAAUGGCGCGGGCAAGUCGACGACAUUCUCGAUGCUGACGGGCGAGGUGCGUCCGUCAGCCGGACAGCUGUACCUCAACAACGAACCUGUAACCUCCACGCAGCUGUGCCGAGGACUUAUCAGCUAUUGUCCUCAGAGUGACGCACUAGACUCGCUGAUGACAGUGGAGGAAACGUUGCAACUGUACUGCCGACUGAGAGGCAUCGCCGACCAGGCUGAGGUAAUAAAGCGUACAGUGGACGUGUUCGAGCUAGGCCGGUACUCGCACGUGCGCACGGGCGCGCUGUCGGGCGGCAACCGGCGCAAGCUGUGCGCCGCGCUCGCCUUCAUGGCGAGGACACCGCUCGUCUUGCUUGAUGAGCCUACUAGCGGCAUGGACCCGGUGUCCCGCGGCUGCGUGUCGCGCGGCGUGCGGGCGGCGUGCGGUCGCGCGCGCGGCGUGCUGCUCAGCACGCACGCGCUGCCCGACGCGCGCCGCCUCGCCGCACGCGUCGCCUUACUGCGCGCUGGCCGGCUUGUCGCGCUCGCCUCGCUGGACGACUGCUUGACUAGGUUCGGCGGCGGCUACGUGGUGGCAUGCCGCGUGUCUGGCGGCGCGGGCGCGGCGUGGCGCGGCGUGAGGUCCCGCGCGCCGCACGCGGUGCUGCGCGUGCUGCACGAGCGCGAGCUGCACUUCCUCAUACCCUCACAUGUUACCGUUGACAAAAAAGAAAUAACGACUCGGCUGAGCGAUAUUUUCCGGCUGAUGGCGGAACUACAAGGCACCUGUGAUAUUGAGGACUACACUAUCAACCAAAGUUCACUUGAACAGAUGUUCCUAAGCUUCACCGACAAGUCAGACAUACCCGACACAGUGGAGGUUGAGCCGCUUCCGACGCCGACCGCCAUCCGACACACGGAUGACCUUGACACUGUCACCUCACUAUAAUUAGUAGUUAACUUGCUUUCUAAAGCAUUUUUGGGAUUCCAUUUGUGCCCAAUUGUGUAAGUAGAGUUGAUUCGCGGUGAUGCGUACUUAUUUCUUUUAAGAGAACAAAUGUAUUAUAUUUUUUGGUGAAAUCCUGCCUUUCACACGUUAAAAAGUUUGAAUCAAAAUAUGAUUUGUUUUAAAAUAGAUACCUAUGACCUUGACCAUGACCAUGACCUUGUUUACAAGAUUGUGAUAAAAGAUAGGCUAUAUUUUUCCUGGUGCCUAUAGUACUUAAAAUGCAGGUUCUGAAAGGUCUGUUUUCAAGUAACUAUCAUAAGAAACCAUAGUUAAAGGUCCGCCCAUACUUUAGUAGCCUACGUGAAAGUGAAGCUAGAGUUGUUUUAGGUUAAAUUACUGAAAGAAUGACAAUAAAGCGAUGCUUAGGAUAGAUAAAUGGUGCCUUAAAUAUGAAAAUAUAUAAUAUUGCACCAAAUAGAUAAUAUUGAAAAUAAAAAUGGCAACUCAUAUUAUUCAGAGAACAAAAUUAUUACGAU